UAUCUCGGUCCCCGUUCAACUUUCAACCCGCCCGUUGACGGAUGACCGCCAAAACGGCUAACGUAAAUAAAGCGGCGUCGGCGUGAGUGAAUGCAUUGUCCUUCUGUCAAAAAUUAUUCGUCAAGGUCGUCACGACGUUUUGGUGAGCUCUCGUGCACGUCCAACUGGGAUCCGGCGCGGAGUUGUAGUGUGCGCACGCGUAACUCAAAACUCCGCGAAGAGUUUGACCAGCUAACCCCGUUCCAGCUGCGCUGCAUACCGUCUUUUGCUUGCGGUCUUGACUUGAUCACCUUUUGUUGUUGUUGUUAGGGAUGUAUUUCGUAACAUUGGCGAAAGAGAGAGAGAGAGAACGAGAGAUUACGUGCCGGGUUUUUGGUAGUGGUGAAGAUCGAGCGCGGUUCGUUGGUUUGCAAAAGAUUGGCGUUUAGUGAUGAGCCCGUGCUAGAGUUGUCUGUUUUGGGUAGAUUUUGGGGGACGGAAGGUUAUGCGGUCCAAUGGCGUUGCGCGCAAGGUUUUGUGACGUGAUGCAUGGAACCGUUUCGGAUGAGGAAAACACAACGCCACAGUGUCUGCUAAUAAAAACAUGCCGCUAUGCAGAGCAAAGGGCCUACUAUUUGUUUUGGUCCUAACCUGUGCAUCCUAUUGCAUCAGUCAAACAACGCCUACCCAGAUCGCUGCCACCGUGAAGCUCAUUUACGACCUGUCGUGGUUCCUUAACAUCAAAAACCUGCUGCUAGUCGAUGAAUGCGGACUUUUCAGUGCAGUGCCGGCGACAACGGCUCUUCUCGUGCAACGGCUUGCUGACCUUGGCGUUCGCGUCCAUCUGGCAGGCAAAUUUGGAAACACCCGCCGGUGCUCUCGAAUCGAUCAAACCCUGGUGGUGCCCAUAACACCGGCCUGUCCACUGGAUUCGAUCAUCGCCAAGCAAGAUGACGCAACGUUUGCCGAAUUCUGCCAAUGGAUUUUUCUGCUCGAUCCCGAUGCGGAGAGGCCAUUUUUGAUCACGUUGAGUCGGUUUCGGCUCCGUCUGGACUCCCAAGUUAUCGUGGUAACAAGGAACGACUCGAAUCUAUUUGAUCAUCACCACCAAGCAAGCCUUGACAAUCUGUUGCGUCGGGACGCACUCGCGGGUUCCUUGCGAGUCAACGAAACUCGGGAUAACCCGGUGCUGUUGGGUUCCUUGGAUCAUUCGUUGCAGGAUUUCCAAGGGGCGCGACACGCGGUCUUCACGCUGACGCAGCUCUACAAGCUGAACACCACCGAUGACGGUUCAUGCGUUUGCUUGGCGUUGGGUAAUGACGUUUGAGUUUUCCAAGCUUGUUUUGAUUGUGUUGUUUUUACGCUUGUGCUGGUACCGUGAAGGGUAGGCAAAAUUCGGACCAGAAGUCUCGAAAACGAUUUUAUUACGCCCUGUUGAUUGGAUUUGGUUUGGUGUUUUUUUUUUGCGAGACGAGAACGAAGUUGAUUUUUUGUUGUUGUUUUGGUCCACGCGGAAAGCGAUCAUUGAUUUCGCUUCGAUCGCGCUCGAUCUCGACUACACACGUGACAGAUUGAGAUUGAAUGGAAUCGAAAGCUCAUCGUGGUUGAAGGAAGUUUGCAUGUUACGAGAAUGGUUUUUAAUGGUUUCUAUUUCUAUUUUUGCCAUGUUUUAUCCUUGCUAGAUUGAUCGAAUGCACAUUUUGGGCUCUUGAGUUUGCUGCAGAUAGAUCUGUGCAGUCUUUUAGAAACCAAUGUAGCAACGCUCAUAAAAUUUCUCAUUAAACUUAAGAUCGGGUAACCUUUGGUGAGCGUGUAGAUGGCUGAGUAUUGACGUCAAACAAUUUUUAAUUGAAAGUCGGCUUCUUGAUUAACCUAUUUAGGUGACACUUACGUCAUCAAAAGGUUGGUUGAUAGAUUUAUUCGCAUUAUUAUUUGUUUUAAAUCUAGGGUUUCAUUUUGGG